AUGGAAGUUAAAGUUGUGCACACUAGGUCUCAACAACAAUCGGCUGGAUCAAUUAUAAAUUUGAGACUUUUCCACGAGUAUAUAUCGGAUAGCGAAUGUCAAAAUUAUCGGAACGCAAGGGUAAAGGAGGUAACUGGAAAUCUCUUUGCCGUUUCAGAAGAAUUCUAUUCACUACACUGCGUGUCUGCUGAUCUAAAGCUGAAUCGAGGCAUCGCCCUGGAAUUUCAGACACUUACAGAAUUUAAAACUUCAACGUCCAAAGAAAACCGAAGUAGCAUACUUUCAAUUGGGAUCAUCAUCAACCUCGAAGCAAAGGAUACAUUUUCGCAAGAGCCAACUUUGGAAGACAUGUACAUUUCUUUACGGAACAUCCGUCAUUUUUUUCAAAAAUUUGAAAUCCAGAAUCUAGCCAUGUGCAAAAUCCGUUGUGGAUUAAAACAAUUAGACUGA